UCAUGAUUCGAGUUCACUACGUCUUUUUACACUUGGCAACACUGCUCAGUCCCGCCGUCUAUGGCUAAAUGUAAGAGUGAGCAGUGAUGCCAAACCAGUAUAAAAGCAAGUGAGAGCCAUUAGCUCGGUUCAGUCGCUCUCCGUCAGUCGACGAGAAUGGUCGAUGUUACAUUAGCAUAGAUUAUUUAUACCUACUUGUGGAUUGUUAUUGUGAUCUUAAGUGAUUUGUAAAGUGAAUCUGUGAAGAGGAAUAAAGUGAUUUGUGCUGUACUUGGAGUUUUCUUAUUACUUCAGAAGCGGGAUAAAAUCCAAGCUAUGCCUCUCGAGAAGGAUGACGGCGCUACACCGCCCUCGACGCCACCUAUGAAAAGAAAAAGGAAGAGGAGGAGGAGAAGAAGCCCCUCAACAUCUUCAUCAUCGUCUUCUAGUGAAGAGAGAGCGCCCAGGAAAGUGCGUAAAUAUUCGAGCAGGCUAACUACAGAGGAUGUUCUAAAGCUCUUGGCUGACUUCAAGGGUGAAUCAAGUAAGAGUUCAUCUUUUAGUAACAACUUGAACAACGUGGUACCAGAGUUUGAUCCUUCCAAUAGAGCUCAAACCAUCGAAGGCUGGCUAAAGAAGGUGAAUGAAUGCGCCACCAUUUAUGCAUGGGACGAAAAGCAAAUUGUACAUUUCUCUUUACAAAAAUUAACCGGAUUGGCCAAGAGAUGGUUUGAAACUCUACCAUCAGUGGUUUAUUCAUGGAGUGAAUGGCAGAUCAAACUUCAGAAGGCAUUUCCUAGUGAGGAGAACUAUGGGCGUCUUCUUGAAGAAAUGCUUAGCCGAACUUCACGAAAUGAUGAAAGCCUUAGGGAGUACUAUUAUGAUAAACUUAGCUUAUUAAACAGGUGUGAAAUAAGUGGCAAGAAAGCAGUCGAUUGUAUUGUACAUGGUUUAAGUGAAGGUUCAAUUAAAAGUGGGGCGCAAACUCUAGAUUGUAGGGAACCCGAAGGAUUAUUAAAUUUCCUUUGCUCCCAACGUUCACAGUCACUGAAUCAAAAUGAAAACAGAAACUAUAGUAGAGGUAAUCAAAGAACCAUCAACCGAAAUAGAAACGAUGCCAACCAAUCGAAUAGGAAUAAUAACGUUAAUUGCUUUAACUGUCGUUCAAAAGGACACCCUUAUUAUAAAUGUCCGAAGCCACUAAUUAAAUGCAAACGUUGCUAUAGAAUCGGGCAUGACAGUGAUGACUGUAAGCUUACACCGCUGCAGCGAUCACAAGCUCAUGAAGAUACCACAACUGAGAGAAAGAUUUUAAAGAUUGACGUGUCCAAUAAGGCUAACGACAAAUUUUUUAAGGUUAUCCCAGUAAAUAACAAAACUUUUGAGGCAUACAUUGAUUUUGGUAGCGAGUGUAGUCUCAUUCGUCAAACUGAUGCAAACGCCUUGCAAUUGACCAAGAAUUACGACGGGUUACCUGUAGUAAGGGGUUUUGGCAAUUCAUCUAUUCAUCCUUUGUAUAAAUCGCAUGUAACGAUUAAAAUUGACGAAGUUGAUGCAUCUAUUGAGAUCCUUGUAAUUUCUGAUGAAAUAAUGCCAACAUCUAUUAUUGUCGGACAGAACUUUACUGAACUUCCGUUCAUUACGGUUUUAAAGAACAGUGAUAGGUUAACCUUUUACAAGAGUCCAUCUUGCAAUCCGUUCACUUCCGAAACUGAUGAAGCUCCACUUAAGCUAUACAUUGCUGAGCCUACUGAAGUCACGGAAACAAGCAUCGUAACUGUACAGGCUGGUGAUUCCACCUACACUGGUGAUGUUUACAUUGAGGGAUACUGUUCUGUUGUGUCCGGACGAGAGUUCGGUUUAUUUCAAGGUGCUUACCACCUUGCAAAUGGCAAGGGUAAUUUGAUAAUUACCAACUUGGCGUCCGGUGCUGUGAAAUUUGAUACAGGCACUUUGAUAGCAAGAGCCGUACCUUUCUUAGAAAGAGAUUCAUGCCAAAUGAAUAGGAUCGUUACCAAUGCGGCUGAUUUGGAACCUUUGAAGCGAGAGGAUGUGAAAAUAGGUGAAGGUUUAGAAACAGAGAUAGUAGAUAGGUUAUACUCUCUUUUGCAAGAUUAUCGGGACUGUUUUGCCACUAAUCUAAACGAAAUUGGCUGUGUGAAAGAUGUGGAGAUGCACAUCGAACUUUUGGAUAAUAGACCGGUGGUAUAUCGGCCAUAUCGUCUGUCACAUUUAGAGCGCGAAAAAGUAAGGGAAACUAUUGAUGAACUUCUUCGUAAUGACAUCAUCCAAGAAUCAAGUUCUAGCUAUUCCAGCCCUAUUCUAAUGGUUAAGAAGAAAACUGGUGAACAGCGACUUUGUGUUGAUUUUCGAGCCCUCAACAACAAGACGUGUAAAGACCGUUUCCCUCUCCCAAUAAUUGACGACCAGAUCUCGAAUCUCAGUGGUAACACUUACUUUACCACAUUAGACCUGGCCUCCGGGUACUAUCAGGUCCCUAUGGCAAAAGAUAGUCAACAUCUUACUGGAUUCGUAACGCCCGAUGGGCAUUACGAAUUUAAACGCAUGCCUUUCGGGCUAGCGAAUGCCCCGGCUGUCUUUCAGCGGAUGAUCAAUAAGAUUUUGGGCAAUAAGAGAUUCGAAUAUGCUCUUGCAUACUUAGACGAUGUACUGAUACCCUCUAAAAAUGCUGACGAAAUGUUUCAGCGAUUGGAGGACGUUUUGAAACUUUUUAGGCAGUUUGGGCUGACCUUAAAGUUAUCAAAGUGUCGAUUUUUCACUACGAAGGUUGAGUAUCUGGGGUAUGAAGUAUCCUCUGAAGGUAUACAGCCUGGUAAGGCAAAGGUUGCGGCUGUAGAGGAAUUCCCUACACCCCGUAACAUCCACGAGGUUCGUCAAUUUCUUGGUUUGACCGGGUAUUACCGUAAGUUUAUCCAAGGCUAUGGGGAAAUUGCCCGACCCCUAACGUACCUACUUAAGAAAGAUGCUGCCUGGCAAUGGUCUCACGAACAAGAUAAAGCCUUUGUAGUUUUGAAGGAGAAACUUGUAAGUAGACCAGUUUUAGCACUUUACGAUCCCAAGCUCGAAACUGAACUGCACACCGACGCCAGUUCCCUUGGCGUUGGAGGAAUUUUGAUGCAGUGGCAGAAGGAAACUCGGGUAUUAAAGCCGGUCGCUUACUUCAGUAGGCAAACGACAGCCGAAGAGAAACAUUUGCACUCCUACGAAUUAGAAGCGUUGGCUGUCGUCUGCUCUCUAAAAAAGUUUAGGGUGUAUUUACUUGGUUUGCAUUUCAAAGUAUAUACAGAUUGCGCUGCCCUUAGAACUACAUUAACGAAACGAGACUUGGUUCCGCGGAUAGCAAGGUGGUGGCUUCAAAUCUCUGAAUUUUCUUUUGAAAUUGAGUAUCGUCCUGGAGUUCAGAUGACACACGUUGAUGCCUUAAGCCGGAAUGCCACGCUAACCGCGGGAUCAGAUGACAAUCCAUGCGUUAAUAUUUAUAACAUUGAACAGGAUAAUUGGCUUCUUACAUUGCAACUGGCAGAUCCCGAUAUCGCACGGGUGUUUAAAAUCCUUAAGCCGGAAGAAGAUGAAGAGUGUAAAGAUAUUAAAAAGAAUUAUCAUGUCAAAAAUCGAACCGUGUAUAGGAAGGUAGAGGACAGCUUACGGUUAGUUGUUCCGCGAAACGCCAGGUGGCAAAUAUGCAAAGCAAAUCACGAUGAGAUGGGCCAUCCGGGCUAUUCUAAAACAUUAGAAAGAAUUCAAAAAGAAUAUUGGUUUCCUAAACUUAGGCGAUUUGUGAAAAAGUAUGUGGACGCGUGCAUAGAGUGUGCGUAUAACAAAGACAAUGCGUCGCGACAAAAGACAGGCCACCUAUUUCCCAUCGAAAAAAUAAGCGUGCCGUUUCACACCAUCCACAUUGAUCACUUGGGGCCGUUUGUUAAAAGCAAGACCGGAAAUACUCACAUACUGACAAUUGUGGAUGGAUUCACAAAAUACGUUUUUGUUCGUGCGGUAAAGGAUACGAAAACCAAAAGUACAAUUAAGGUGCUUCAAAGCAUUUUUUAUGAUUUUGGAAUACCAGCUAGGAUAAUAUCAGAUCGUGGAACGUCGUUCACGUCAACGGCUUUCAAGGAUUUUUGUAGCGAGAAUGGUAUAAAGCAUGUUCUAAAUGCAGUUGCUUGUCCCAGAGCCAACGGUCAAGCUGAAAGAUAUAACCAAAUUGUUUUGAACUCGUUAGCUACUCAAAAUUGUAACAGCCAUGAACGCGACUGGGACAAGCAAUUGGGAAAAAUCCAAUGGGGAAUCAACAAUACUGUUAGUUCCACCACCCAAAAAACGCCAACAGAGGCUCUAUUUGGUGUUCGGAUGCGAGACAAUCUGUCAAACAAAUUAGAAAUUGGCACCGAAAACGAUAAUGACAGCUUACAAACUAUUCGAGAAGAAAUUAGCUCUAAUAUAGCAAAAGAUCAGGAAAAACAGAAAAGUAGACAUAACUCAAAAAGAGCACCGGCCGUCACAUACAAGGUCGGUGAUUUAGUAAAAAUAUCGCGAAACAAUUUCGGCAAUGACGGUAAAAGUACCAAACUACUGUCAAAGUUUAUUGGCCCCUUCAGGAUCUCCGAAGUACUCGGUAAUGAUCGUUAUAGAGUAACUGAAGUGCCUGGUUUCCCAAAAAGGGGCAAAGCUUAUGACUCUGUCAUUGCUGUAGACAGGAUAAGACCUUGGAUUCACAUAAAAGCAUUAGAGAUUCACGACAGUGACCACAGUAGUUCCAAUAACAGUGAAGAUUCAGAUUAAAUAUUAGGUUCGUAAUAUGUACAAAGUGCUGUCUAUAAUAUCUACUUGCUAUCUUAUUAUGUGUGUAUUUCAAUUGUUUAUAAUUUAAAGGAGUAUAGAUUUUGUAAUUAUUUAUAUGAUUUGGUACCUAGACUAUUUUUAUGUAAUACCUAAUAUUGUGUUAAGUAUGUUAUAAAAUUACAUGUGUAGAAUAUAAAUUAUGUAAACUACUUCUAAGUAUUCUAUGAGUACCUAUGUACUUGUAUAGUUUAUACGUUACAUUAAAAAGAAAUGUAAAUUAUAUGUAUCCCAGAAUAACGAUAAGUAUGCAAUUUAUCAUUGCUAGGUAUAAUAAAUUAUUUAAGUAUAUCUUUACCGAAUGUCAUGAUUCCAGUUGAUGAAAUUGUUUAGGAAAGUUUUUGUUUUGUGUUAAACCGAUAGGCUGAUAUGUACAUGUAACUUUAUGAUUAAGACGACUGUCUGACUGUUUAUUACGCGUGCCGGGAGGCUACGCGAUGUAGGAUGGCCGAAUGUCAUGAUUCGAGUUCACUACGUCUUUUUACACUUGGCAACACUGCUCAGUCCCGCCGUCUAUGGCUAAAUGUAAGAGUGAGCAGUGAUGCCAAACCAGUAUAAAAGCAAGUGAGAGCCAUUAGCUCGGUUCAGUCGCUCUCCGUCAGUCGACGAGAAUGGUCGAUGUUACAUUAGCAUAGAUUAUUUAUACCUACUUGUGGAUUGUUAUUGUGAUCUUAAGUGAUUUGUAAAGUGAAUCUGUGAAGAGGAAUAAAGUGAUUUGUGCUGUA